UUUCCGUGUCUCUGCUUUCUCUCCAUCAUCGCAGUUUCUUGUUGCUGUUUUGCAACGAAAACGAUAAAACGAGCUCAACGGUCGGUGAGACCCGAAUCCGGAUCCCAAACCCUUUUCAAAGCGACGGCAGCGGCGGCUCCGAUUAGCCUUCCGAAACUUUGCCCUCAUUCCCAAUACGGCAUGCUCUUCGAAUCUGUAAGUCUCCGGAUUGCUGAACCCAUUUGAUUGACGCGCAGCUCGGAAUCUUGAAAACCCUAAAAUUUGAUUGAAUUUUUGAGCUUUUUUGGGUGCUGCUCAAACCAUUAAUGGUGGAUUGUGUUUUUCCGUGCUCUUCCGUAUCUUGAAGGGUUCGAGAUUUUAGUUGUUUCUAGGGUUCUUGGAAACGUUGAGAAAUUUGGUGUCUUGCUGUUCGAUUUGAGCGGGAUAUUAGGGUUAGGGUUUGCUAUUGGGAGCAUUGUUGCUUCGGGAAGUUUGCUGUGUGGGAAUCUUAGGGUUUUUUAAUUUGUCGAAAUUCAAGUCGGGGGAAAGAUAGGCGUAUGCUAGAGGAUAAUGUGUAUACUUUGUGUGAUUCAGAAGUGGUCUCGCCGGGUUGCUACGAUGCUUCCUUGGUUAGUUAUUCCAUUAAUAGGACUAUGGGGUCUCUCUCAGCUUCUACCACCAGCUUUCCGAUUUGAGAUAACUUCGCCUAGACUCGCUUGUGUUGUUGUGCUCUUGGUUACUCUCUUCUGGUAUGAGGUUUUGAUGCCUCAGCUUUCGGCUUGGCGGGUGCGGAGGAAUGCAAUGCUUAGAGAGAAGAAAAGGUUUGAGGCAAUAGAGUUGCAAAAGCUGAGGAAAACAGCAACGAGGCGGUGUCGAAACUGCAAGACUCCGUAUAGGGAUCAGAAUCCCGGCGGUGGUCGGUUUAUGUGUUCGUAUUGUGGGCAUAUGUCAAAGAGACCAGUUUUAGACUUACCUGUGCCUGGGAUGGGACUCUCGAAUUCUGGGAUCAUCAAAGAGUUAGUUGAAAAGGUUGGAAGGAUAUUGACUGGAAAGGUGUGGUCUGAAAAUGGGUGGUUGGACGGUCAAGAUUCGUUGGAGAAUGGAAAUUGGGUCGGUGGUUCUAUUACUGGGAAGUCUAGUUAUUGCAGAAAGGACGGGAGCAGUGUUUUUGGAGGGGAUGAGAGUUGUUUGGCAGAGAAGUCGUAUACAGGUGUUGUUAAUUUUGCUUGCAAGCUACUAACUUCGUUUUUCUUGAGCGUUAGAUGGCUUUGGAGAAAGCUUUUUAGGAUUAGUACAUCAGGGGAGGAUGAUGCAUCUGACACAGACCAUAAUGGAUCGGCCAAAAGGGGCGAGAAUGGGGCCAACUUGAAUGAGAGUAGAGGAGAAAAGGCUCGCAGAAAAGCUGAAGAGAAGAGACAGGCUAGGAUAGAGAAGGAGCUUUUGGAGGAGGAAGAAAGAAAGCAGAGGGAGGAAGUUGCAAGGUUGGUGGAGGAACGCAGGAGAAUUAGGGAUGAGAAAAAGGAAGCUGAACGUGGGAAAUCAUCACCACCUGCGAGGGAAAAAGAUACUAAGAGAGAAGCAGAAAAGAAACGACAGGAAAGAAGGAAAGAGAAAGAUAAGGGUUCUAGCAAGAGCAACUCUGAUGCAGAAGAGCUGGAAAAGAGAGCAGGUAAGGAAAGUGAACGAAAGAGGGACUUUGACAAUAAGAGUGAUAUUGACCGCCGCCAACUUCUGAAAUCAGGGGCAGAUUUUCUUAAGGGACAAAGCACAGAGACGGGGCAUGGUAUAAAAAAUUCAUAUACAAACAAUUUUAUUCGGGGAAAUGCUGGAUCUAGGUACCUGGACCGCAUGAGGGGUACAAUUUUUAAUUCUUCAAAGGCCUUUGGUGGAGGUAGUUUCUUUGGAAAGGGUGCUAAUAGUACAGUGACAAAAGAAACCAAAUCUAGCAGUUCUGUAGAUCAUGUCCAUAUUUAUGCCCAGAAGAGAGACUUAUGUCCACCUGAGCGCGCAGCUGCGAGACCUUUGAUGAAUGGAGAUGAUAAGAGUGUCCACUGCCCUGUUCACUCAGAACCACAGUCAGGGACUGCACCUAAAAAAUCAUGGCAGCAAUUGUUUACUCGUUCAUCGUCCGUGCCUUCAUCAACAAGUGUAAAUGUAAUAAGUAGACCAAAUGCAAAGUCUCAGACAGAAGUUCAAAGUCCUCAGUUAUCUGGUCAGUCCUCGGCAAUACAAUCAUUUGAUAAUCCAAUCAACUUUGGGCUGCCAUCACCAUUCGCUUUAUCUACUACCUAUCCAAAAGUAUCUACUACCAGCAGUUUAGGUUUUUCACCUGCAAUUGAUCCCGUACUUCCUCGCAUUGGUGAAGGGCAUCAUGAACUUAUACCUGAGGAGCCAGAGCUUUUUGAAGACCCAUGUUACGUCCCUGAUCCAGUAUCCUUGCUUGGGCCAGUUUCUGAGUCACUUGAUAAUUUUCAAUUGGACAUGGGGACUGGUUUUGUGAAAGAUAUGGAAUUGGAGAGGCCUCGCACAUUGAAGAAUGGACCUGCUUCUUCUGAAGUGAACAAGCCAUCUCCAAUUGAGUCACCAAUGUCACGAGAAAAGCAUAAUAACUCUAGUCGCUUCCCUAGUACCCCAAAGGCCCAAGAUAUGCAUGCUUCACCCCUGGAUGAUGCAAAUGUCAAAGAUAAGGGAACGUGGCAAAUGUGGAACAGUUGUCCUCUUGGUCAUGAAGGUCUAGGUUUUGCAGGUGGCUCUCCAAGCUGGUUUUUGCCUCCAGAACUGAAUAGAUCAAACAAGGAUGAUCUCACACACCCUUCAUCAGUUUCACUAUUUACUACAGAAGAUCAGGUUGUUUCUGGCUCUCAAUCUCCUAAGAAUCAGAGCAUUUUUCUUGGCAAUGGCCAGGAUGGCAGAACUUUUAGCCCUGUCACUGGUUCCAGUGAUCAUGAUCCUUGGUUGCAGAAAGCCUUUUUUCCUCCAUUGUCAACCGCUGAAAACCAUUGUCCUCUCAGACCUCCGGGCGAAACUACAAAAAAUGAACUGAUUUUUGGGAGUCCCAUCAGAGCUACUGGAAACCAUCCAUUUGAGCUGUCUCAAGAGAACGGGUUGUCAAACGGAAAGGAAUGGGAUGAAUGUGCUGUGAAGGGAACGGGGGACGGUGUUGGAAAGCCAUCUAUGUUGAGGCCUCAUAGCAGGGGUCUGUAUCCCACCCCGAAUGUACAGCCGCUUUGGUAAAUUUUAAUUUAUAACAGAAAAUGAGAAAGAGUACGAGGGACAUGAAAAAAAGAAGGAAAAGAAAAACAGACCUCUUCUUCCUGUACUAGUGGGCAAAUGGCCUCUUUUGGUGGAGAGUUUAGAAAUACUGGACGCAUUGUAUCUUCCUGCUCCUCUUUAUAAGGGAGAUUGAUGUUUGCUUAACAUUAGCUUGGAUAGGAAUACCACGUGACAUGCAUGCUUUUUUCUCUUCAGGUAACA